CCACGAAUUCCAUAAUCUUUUUUUUUUCAUUUGUGGUUUAUCUGUAAUAUAUCUUGAUGCACUUGCGUUUUCUGAACUACCGACGCGAACUGGAACAUUUUAAAAUGCAGGUGUGCGCAAAGACUUGAGGAGAAUUACGAUUCACCAGAUAAAAAGGCCACACAUUAAGAGCACCGGAAAAAUCUACUUUCGGUUUCAAUUCAGGCAGGCAUCUCUUCACUUCGUAUUGUGAGUCAUACAGCGCCGUGUAAUCUCUUGAAAAAUAAAGGCGUGAUGGAGAGACAGAAAAUAUGUCUACUGUUUCUAUUACUUUCCUAUGUGUCUGGAUUUAACAUUGGACUUAAAGGAGUUGCUGUUUCGACAGGGGCGAGCGAUUCCAUGCAUGGAUACUCUCUGGAUUUCGCUACCAAGGACAAUAAAGUCUGGCUCCUGGUGGGGUCACCAAAAGCAACUGACCCAGAUGUUGCACAAAAAACUGGGACAGUUUCGUACUGUGGAACCAGUUUAAACUGCCAACACAUUGCUGUCACUAGACUUGCCGGUAUAACCGGAAUCCCGGAGGAUAGGACUGAUAUGUGGCUGGGAGCCUCUGUAGAUGUUGGCAAUGCAGUAGCAUUUUGUGGACCCCGCUGGAGGAGAAACCUUUCUGAUGAUGUCACCACAAUGAAUGGGUUGUGUUAUGAAGUACCCUUUGGAUUUCUGGAUGGUGAUGGAUUCUUAAGUCCUGUCAUUGCUCCAGGUUUCUACAACUCGCCGUCCAAUGAACAGUUUACAAGUCCAGAUGCAGCCAGAUUUAACCAGACCAUCAAGUAUGGGUUGUCUUCGUCAGGAAUGGCUGUCAAAUACUUUGGGGGAGAUGCAAUGGUUGGUUCACCUGGUCUCAACGAGUUUGCUGGUGGAUACGCGUUUUUGAGAGGUUCAGGUUAUCAAGUAAAAGCUGAGGAUACCACUGAAGCUAAACAAGGACAGAUGUAUGGUUAUGCUCUUGCAAUUGGUAAGUUCUAUGGAGACUCCCAAACAUACUUUGUAUCUGGAGGCCCAAGAGACGGGGGUUCAGGAAAGGUACUAAUCACGGAUACAAGCUUUGUAUUGAAGGAGAGACUAAGUGGAGUGGAGCCUGGGAGUUACUUUGGCUCCGUUCUCUGCGUGGUACCGGCUUCAGCGUCCGGCUUUAACACUGACAUCCUCCUGGUAGGAGCCCCUUUCUUCAGUAACAUGCAGACCUACGCCAAUAACUACUACACCAACGAGGACCAGGGACGCGUGUACGUCUACCAAAAAAACGGAAACGAUGCGUCCUUACAGGUGAUACAGACAUUAGAAGGGUCCAAAUCAAAAGGAGCAAGGUUUGGGUUUGCCAUGGCCAACCUUAACGAUAUCAACAAAGAUGGCUACAAUGAUGUGGUCAUCGGGGCCCCCUUUGAGGAUAAUGACCAGGGAGCUGUGUACGUGUACAUGGGGUACAAGCGGGGGUUUUACCUGACCCAGAAAUUUUUUGCCUCACAAGUUGAUUUUACUCCCAAAGUUCCCAUUAAAACAUUUGGCAGUGCCUUUACCCAACAUCCUGCAGACUUCAAUGCAGAUUCCCAUGCAGAUUUGGCUGUGGGCGCGUACGAGUCGUCAAGUGUGUUUGUUUUCAUUACUAAUCCCCCUAUCACCAUGACUGUAGUUACCAAGACAAACCUACCCAAUGGUGGAAGUCAAAUCAUUCCAGUAAACACGACAAAAUUUACGAUUAACGUGUGCUUCGAUUACGAUGGAGAAAAUAUUCCAUCUGAUGUAGUGGCUGUGUAUGAUGUGACUGUGGAUACAGCCUUUCUGGCGAGUAGCGGGUCCAGUCAGUUACGGCUCUGCUUUAACAACUCCGAAGGACAGUGUGUGAGCAAAGUUAAGGACUCGUUCAAAGUAUUCAAAGCCCCUCCAGAGCCCCUCUGCUCAGGUGCCUCCCUCGAGGUGGUUGUCAAGGAUAAUUGGGAAAGCAUGAGGGGCCUGUUUGAGCCUGUAGUGUUUGAUGUGGAGUUUAAAGUCAACCAAUCUGAUAAUACACAAUGCAUCAAGGGUUGUCCAGUUGUCAAUACAUUCGACCCAGCCAAUGAAAAUCCAUUUGCUAAGGCACGGAAAUACUCGUAUGAAUUGGCAAGGGCGGGAUGUGGCUCGGACAAUAUCUGUCAGUCCGAUCUCAGUCUGACAGUCAGUGCUAGUAACGAUAUUGUCACUGGAUCAAAUGCGAAUUUAGACAUAGACGUGACUGUCGUUACCACCGGUGAACCCUCAUACAACACGGAAAUCAUGUUUACGUUUCAUCCAAACAUGACAUAUUCCUCAUAUGUCAAUACCCGUGGCAACAUGGUGUCCUCUGUCAGCUGUUCGCCUGUUAACGGAACCGUCAAAUGCUCUACAGAGAAACAGACGUUCCUACAGGGGGAGAAGAUCAAAUUCAAAUUAACGCUCGAUGCGAGGAGAGUGGCUCCGUUGAAUGAAAGUUUCGAACUAAAAGUAGAGGUCAAGACGGGCAGUAAGGACGUCAAUGUAGCCAACAACGUCUACACAAAGUCCAUUGAUGUGUUGACCAAAGUGAUAAACAAUUUCUACAUGGUUGCCACACCAGAGGUAUACAUCACAAAGCCAUUGGAGAAAGAUAAGCCCACGAUAGAUGUGGUACACAAUGUCCAGAUGGUGAACACUGGACCCAGCAACCUGCUGGAACCACUUACCUUUACUUUUGCCUAUCCACAGAGUCAGCAAGUCACACCGACAAAAAUGGUUUUGAAUGUGUCAGCAGCUACAGAUGAGACACAGAUUAGCUGUACUGGUUUGACAUUAACUCCAGAAGGCUUGACCAACUCAACUUUCCGAGCCUUUAGUCUCUCCAUAGACUCAAGUAGAAAUUCUCGCAGUGCAAACAAAUUUAACUGCCUAAGUGACGGAAUUUGUUCAACGGCUACUUGUUCAGUAGGAACAUUCAUGUACCAGAGUUUCAUAUCCAUCGAUAUAUCAUACGCUGUGGAUGCCAAUCUGUACAAUGUGAUCAACGACCAGGAAAGUGGCAAUUUGAAGGAUGUUCCCAUAGUAACCAAAUUCACACUGAAACCCAUCGACAAGAGCACAGUCACAAUAGAGUCUAAUACAGAUGGAAUAAGUAAUUGUACUUGUUCCGUGAUGACAAGGAUGUUGCCCAGUACACCUGUGGAGGAGGAAGUCCCAGUGUGGGCCUAUAUUGUUCCUAUCAUCAUAGCCAUCAUCAUUUUAGCAGUUGUUAUCGUCAUCCUGUGGAAGAAAGGAUUCUUUAUAAGGAAAUACAAAGUCCAGAUGGAGGAGAAGAAGGUAGAAUCUGGUGCUAAAAGCACCAAAGACAAGGAAGAAUUUGAUGAUAUAGAAAAAGCCAAUGACAUUCCAGAAAUUGUAAUAGAAAAAGAGUCCGACAAAUCGCCGCCGAUGUCUACAUUUUCAAAUACACCACCACCGUCAGAGAAAGAGCAGCUCAAGGAAAGCAUAGAGGACGAAUACGAGAAUUCCGAAUUCAAGACCAAAGGUGAACCAGAUUGGGGUGGGUUAGAUGAUCUAUUGCAUGAUUUGGAUGUUAAGGCGGGGCGGGAUUUAGGGUCAGGACCAGUGGUUGCUCCCCCCAAGGUCAAGCCCACCGGCAUGGAUUACGCAGAAGUAGAUGAAGAAGGCAACGAGGAAUCUAAACUGCUACCCAAUGAAAGCGCGGCUCCUCCUGUUAAAGCCGCUGCCGCACCGGGGGGGUUCGAUUACGACGAUAUAGAGGAUACAGAUGAGGCAACUAAAUUGAUGCCUAAAGAAGAAGAUCGGGAUAGUCCUAGCAAAAAGACUGCUGAAAAAGAUGAUAUUCCGGACUAUGCCCAAGUAGAUAAAUCUAGAAAAACAUCGGCCAAAGAACCUCUAUUAUCGUCGGAGUCGUCAGCAGCAGACGAUAUCCCUGACUAUGCUGUUGUUAACAAAGAUAAGAAAAAGGAUGAUUCCUGAAAAAAAAAACAUAGUAUUGGGAAUAUAGGGACCUACAUAGGAUUUUUUUAAUUCCAUUUUUUCUGCUUUCAUAUCAAAAAGUAUGGUUGUCUACAAAGAAUGUUACAGAGGCAUGCGUAUAGUAUAUAUUCUGUGUUGUGGUAGUGCUUUACACAUUGUGACUGGAUGGUCACAUGACUGAUCAUGUGACAUGAUUGGUCAUGUGAUGCAUGUUUCACUUUACUGUUGAAAAAAAGAAAUUCAUUGUUGUAUUUAAUGGUAUAUGAAAUAUAUCCUUUCUGUAGAUUUUGUUUCAGUGUUUCACUAGAGAUGUCCACAGGUUUUUAUACGUUAAUUGUUUUUCCAACAUAAGCUAUUUAUAAUGAUUUUUAUUUAUUAUCUUAUAUCUAAAUAUAUAGUACAUAACUAAACAGUUAUAAAGAUCAUACUUAGCUAAGACUUUAAACUUGACACAAAUUGCAAUAGUUUAAGGUGGUAUGGGACACACAAUUCAAAAAGUCAAAGUACAAUGUACAUGUACAUGUUAUCAGAAAUAUUUUAAUGAUGAACAAUAUAUUUGUUGACCAUAAUACAUUUGAAAAAUUCUUAAGAUGUGGAUUUGAAAAACUCUUAUUUCAUUUUUUUUUAAAUCCUUAGCAGUUUUUCAAAAUCACGACUUCAGCUUGCAGAUCAGAAUUGCAGAUAGAUAAAAAUUAAUGUAAAAGAUUAUAUUUUUAAUUUUUUCCUUUGAAAGAAAGUAUGUCACUAUAUUGAAGUGCCCCAUACCUUCUUAAAUUCUGUAAUUUUUGCCUUUUUAACCCUGAAUUAAAAAACACUUAAACAAAAAUUAAAUUUUUUUUUUGCUUUUUUUCACUUUGAUUUUGAACCUUGAGUGCAUUUAUUAUUUAGUGUAUUAUUACAGAUACUUUAAUUUUCGAAUCACUCACUUUUUUACGUUAUUAUAUCACAGAAACAGUGACUCUGCCCAGCUCCGAGGAAACAGGAUCGGAAAACAGGUCAGCCUGACCUUAUUAUUAUUUCCUCACCAUUAUUCACUUAUUUUCGUUCUUUGGGCUUAUCUACUGUGAUUGUCGAAAAUAUUGCAUGUGCAGCGUGUAGUUUACGAUGUUGCUUAUAUUUUUAUUUAACAACAUGUCUAAAAGUAGUUGUGACCACGUUUCUAAUAAUUCACGUAAUUGAUAGUCGAAGAAUGCUCUGGGAUUUUGUAUGGGCUGUACGAAGGGGAACUCUCCAUGGCCUUUUUUGCACUUAACAAAAGUGAUCUGCAUAGGUCUGUUUUCUAAGCUUUCAAAGUUUUGAAGAUAACUUAUCAAAAAUCAUUACAUUUAUUUUCAUUUGAUUACCGUAAUAUAAUAAUUUUGAAAAUAUAUCAAAAAAGCACUUGCUGAAAACAAAUCAGGCAUAUAAUUUAUGAAAAAAAAAUUGAAAAUUGUGUAAUUGAUAUUGAUAAAUGAUAAAUUGAAAAUUCUUUCUGAAUUAAAUUCAUGCAGAUAAGUAGACAACUACCAAUGUAGAUUUUGUCCCUUUUAUACUAACACAAUUGUUCAGAAUGGCUAUACAAGGUGUUUUUUUAAUAAAGUAUGUAUUAUAUACAGUCAUGUAUUGGUGACAUUUAUACCAGAAAUGGAUGUUUGUGAAUACAUGUAUUAAUUAAUAUCAUCUGACCACAUUAACUUGCAUGUAUAAGCUUAUUACUGAUUAAACUAUUGCAGUGACCCAGAGACGUGCGCUUAAUGGCAAAAUGGCUACUACCUGUUCUGAGUAUGUUUCAGAUUUAAAUAUUUGCACAUGGCAAUUUGCUUUUUAAACCUUAUAUCAUAAUUAGUGUUAGUAGUGACUUCAGCAUGCCUCUGUACACAGUAUUCAUUUAAGGAUUGGUAAAUUGGAAAAUACAACUCACAUUAUAUCAUAGCAUAUUUUUUUAAAGAUUUGAUUAUAUAAAGAUUAACAUUUUUUUUUAAUAUUAAUGUAAUCUAUACAUUUUCGCUAUCUGAUCAAUGUUGUAAGUUAAAACUGCCACUCUUGUUUGUUUUAAUCAUUUAUAGAUUUUUUUAAUAUGCUCAAAUGAAUUAAUUUUAUAAUUGAAAUCAUGAUGUCAUUCCCAUUUGCUUCAGAAAAAACUUUUGCUAGAAUUUUUUAUUUUCUUUUGUAUUCAGAAUCAUCAUGCUGAGAGAGAGAGAGAGAGAGAGAGAGAGAGAGAGAGAGAGAGAGAGAAUUUCAUUCAAACAAAUCACAUACUGCCAUAUCAGUUGAAGUGAUCAACUAUUUUUAUCUAAUGACCAUACUGCUGCUGCAAUUAAUUAGAAACCUCCUUUUGGUUUGGAAAGCAGACAAAGACUCUGCCUUCUGCUCUAAAUUAAGAUUUCUAAACUAUUCCCUGCUUUAUAAUUCAGCCUUUAUAGAAAUGAGUGGUGCUUAGCAUAUACUUGUGGCAAAGUGUUUAAAUGCAUUAAAGUUAUAUUAUAUUUAAUAUUUAAGAUAAGAAUUGAUAUUAGUGAUAAUUUACCAUAUCAAUUAAAUCAUUAACUGUUGAAAAAUAUUCCCCCUAACCAAUAUUAUUUCAGUUUUUAAUAUUCCGAAAUAGGCAUAAUAAUAGUACAAAUUUAUUAAUUAGUGUAAAUUAAGACAUAAUUAGAACUGUUUUAUAGUAACUAAAAAGAAUCAAUGUUAUACAUAUGUACCAAUGGUAUAAUUAAAUUAAUAUUAUAAACAUUGUGUAAACAUAAUUCAUUUAUUUUAAACUGUAUAUUAUUAACUUUUUUAGGUAACGGAAGCAUGACUCUUCCAGAUCAUGAAUAAGUAUGGCCAUCACACGAUUCAUGAGUUUUCUAAUCACAUUUUGUUGGCAUUGAUCCUGUUUCCAUGCUUCUAAUGAAAUUUAGAUUUGACCUUGAAAUUUUUCUUUUCAAAAAAAAACUAUUACGAAAAUAAAAAGAGAAAAACGUCACACCCUUUGCCACUUUGCAAAGCUUUCAGCUGUCACUCACGAUUCGGCAGGCAUUUCUACGCAAAUCUGGCAUGCAUAACCGUCCAAUCACAAUGUGAGGAAUAAUAAUGAAUCGCCCAAUUUCACUCGCCAUAUUGAAGCAAGUAUUGUAACCAAUUGAAACAAAGAAAGUUUAUCACAUUUUUUUUUCGGGAGUUGUUGAGAAUUUGAACUCCAGCUGUGUGAAUGCCCAAAUUAAUUUAACCAAGAAAGUUCAUUUGCUUAUUUGAAAAUGAUUGAGACAUGGAGUUAGUGUUUAAAAAUGUGAUGUUGUAUGAUUGAAAAAAGGUUUUAUAUAGUGUGAAUUUGCCUAAACAUUGAGCGAAUAAUUCACAGAGCGAUGGUUUUUGGUUGGCUGUUUUUUCAAGAGUGUUUUGAGUGCAUGAUGUUUUUUGUGGUCUUAUUUGGCUGUGCCAAUUCAUCAUAUUGAAACUCAAAUUUACAUUUGUUUCAGGAUAAAAGGAAUUUAUAGUUAUGCUGUAGGGAUUUAGAUUACAUUGUAAAACUUCCAUGCAAUUUUCACUGCAGAUAUUCAUUUUAAGUAUGGCUGAAAAUUUUCUUCAUCCAUAUCUUGAUGAUACUUAUUUGUUAAGUAUGUAUGUAUGUAUGUAUGUACAUGUAUAUGUAUAUCAUUUCUCAUUGCAGUUUGUGGCACUCUGUUUUUCUAAUUCUCAGAAUUUCUAUGCUAUGAAUGAUGUUUUCCUUUUUUUGCAUGUUUUUGCAAAAUUCUUGUGAAUGUAUUUUAUUUCAGUGUCAAGUUGUUUAUAUAUACCAAGUUUCAUGUAUUUACCGCCAUAUAUUGUUGCUACAAUUACCUUUCUACCGUUCAGAAAUGAGACUUUACAUCUUAUGACCAGAUAUCAGUCAAAUCUGAACCAGGACUGGUUGUGAGGAAAUCUUUACAUAUUUAAGUGAAUUCUUGUGUAUGUGGCCUGCCAUAUUUCUUAUUGAUCCUGAUGCUUUAAUUAUUCCAAGAACUUGAUAUGUAUUGAAUGAAUGUAUUAAAGUUUGUCAUAUUUAGAAGAAAAUAUUAAAAUGUACAGGAAUACUUAAUAAAAA